GUUGCUAGCGUGCGUGUGACGUCACGGGCGCGCCAGUCUGAACUCUUCCGGGUUUCUGUUUAGAGCGCUGGUCAAUUUCCAAGUACGUUUGGAGUUCGUUGCUUGGGUACAAGUGAUGACUAACUUAAAGGAAAGGAAAAGCAAAACUAAAUCAAAGAAGCUUAAAGCAAAUUAUUGACUACAUUUUGGAUAAAACAUUGGGCUUUGUGUUUUCAGCAGUAAGCUAUCAACUUCCCUAACUGAAUUUGCUUUCCACGGCACUGUGAAGCAGAUCUGAUAUGCCACUUGAAUUAAUAAAAGAAGUCAAAGGACUGCCUGAAGUUGAUCUGCUAAGUAAAUUACACAAAGUAGAUUUCAGAUACCUACAGCCAGGUUGUGAUUAUAGCAGGAAAUAUAUCGAGGGAAAACUCUCACUUAUCUCUUCUUUAACUUAUGGUGGAAACAGAAGAGCUGUUUUGAAGAUUGGACUACAAGAACAAGAAAAUUCAAAUUCGGAUAUCAACACCCUCAGUGUAUUAUUUUUUGGAAAAUUAGCAAAGGACUGUGCUAAAGUUUUCUAUGAAGGGGACACCAUUGCAGUGGCCGGAUUUGUUAUUUUGUCAGCAUCUUCAUCUACAAGCAGAGAUGGUAAACUUCGCUUAUUUUUGAAAGCAUCUGAGGACUUCAAAUCAACUGUUUAUGUUUAUGUUAAAUCCGUAAGAGAUUUUUCUACAGAAUCAAUGUCUUUGGUUCCAGCCACACAUUAUGUAUAUACACCCCUGAAUCAACUUAAGAGUGGCAUGAUUGUCAAUGUCUAUGGUGUUGUGAAGUUCUUUAAGCCUCCAUAUCUGAGCAAAGGAACGGAUUAUUGCUCAGUUGUAACAAUUGUGGACCAGACACAUGUAAAGUUAACCUGCCUGUUCUUUAGUGGAAAUUAUGAAGCCCUUCCAAUGAUUUAUAAAAAUGGAGAUAUUGUUCGCUUUCACAGGCUGAAGAUCCAAGUAUAUAAAAAGGAGACUCAGGGUAUCACCAGCUCUGGCUUUGCGUCUUUAACAUUUGAGGGAACUUUGGGAGCUCCUAUCAUACCUCGUACUUCAAGCAAGUGUUUUAACUUCACCGCUGAGGACCACAAAAUGGUAGAAGCAUUACGUGUUUGGGCAUCUACUCAUAUUUCACCUUCUUCAACAUUAGUGAAAUUGUGUGAUGUCCAGCCAAUGCAGUAUUUUGACCUGACUUGUCAGCUCUUAGGCAAAGCAGAAGUGGAUGGAGCAUCAUUUCUUCUAAAGGUAUGGGAUGGCACCAGGACCCCAUUCCCAUCUUGGAGAGUCUUAAUACAAGACCUUGUUCUUGAAGGUGAUUUAAGUCACAUCCACCGGGUGCAGAAUCUGACAAUAGACAUUUUAGUCUAUGACAACCAUGUUCAAGUGGCCAAAUCUUUAAAGGUUGGAAGCUUUCUUAGAAUUUAUAGCCUACAUACCAAACUUCAGUCAGUCAAUUCAGAGAACCUGGCAACAUUUUUAGCCCUAGAGUUUCAUCUCCAUGGAGGCACCAGUUACGGUCGGGGAAUCAGAGUCUUGCCAGAAAGUAACUCUGAUGUGGAUCAACUGAAAAAGGUUUUAGAAUCUGUAGAUUUGCCAGCCAAUCAGCGUUUAGAGGGUAUAUGUCAAUCAGAACAUGAGGACAGCUUUUCAAAUAUUUCAAGCUCUGGAUCAGUGUCACUAUAUGAGUUAGAAAGAUGUCAACAACUGUCAGCUACAAUACUUACGGAUCAUCAGUAUUUGGAGAAAACCCCACUGUGUGCUAUUUUGAAACAAAAAGCUCCUCAACAAUAUCGUAUCCGAGCAAAAUUGAGGUCAUAUAAGCCCAGAAGACUCUUUCAGUCUGUUAAACUUUAUUGUCCUAAGUGUCAUUCACUGCAAGAAGUUCCACAUGAGGGUGAUUUGGAUAUAAUUUUGCAAGAGGGUGCAACCAAAACCCCAGAUAGCAAACUACAAAAUACAUCAUUAUAUGAUUCAAAUAUCUGGACCACUAAAGAUCAAGGAGAACGAAAAGUAGCUGUUCAUUUUGUGAAAAAUAAUGGUAUUCUCCCACUUUCAAAUGACUGUCUAAUUUUGAUAGAAGGAGGUACACUUAAUGAAAUCUGCAAACUCUCAAACAAGUUUCAUAGUGUAAUUCCUGUGAGAUCUGGCCAUGAAGACCUGGAAGUCCUUAACCUUUCAGCACCAUUCCUUAUACAAGGAAAAAUACAUCACUAUGGAUGUAAACAGUGUUCUAGUUUGAGACCAAUACAGAAUCUGAAUUCCCUGGUUGAUAAAACAUCGUGGAUUCCUUCCUCUGUGGCAGAAGUACUGGGUAUUGUACCUCUCCAACAUGUGUUUGUGAUGACAUUUACUCUUGACGAUGGAACAGGAGUACUGGAAGCUUACCUCAUGGAUUCUGAAAAAUUUUUCCAGAUUCCAGCAUCAGAAGUCCUAAUCAAAGAUGGCCUUCAGCAAAUUAUGGAUAUGAUCAUGGAUAUGUUUUGUCCUCCAGGAUUAAAAAUUGAUGCAUAUCCAUGGUUGGAAUGCUUCAUCAAGUCAUAUAAUGUCACAAGUGGAGCGGAGCAGCAAAUUUGCUAUCAGAUUUUUGACACCACAGUUGCAGAAGAUCUUAUCUAAUUUUGACAUUCAACUUACCAUAGGUAACAUGCUAUAAUUUUGGAAGACAUUACUAUUUUCUAUGCGAUUGCUAUAAAAGACAUAAGAGAUUUUAGCUCUGUAGUUUUCCAUUUUAACCAGUAUUUAAAAAUUUUUUGACAGAUAGGCAUUGUGUUAUCUUAAUGCCCUCUUAUAAGUUAAAAAUGUUCCUGUUGCUCAAAAUAUUCAGUAUGAUGGCUGUGAGGGAUAUAAAAGAGAGACAUCGAAUAAAUAAGGACUGUGUUUUCAUUUACUCUUUACUCUCCUCCUUUCGGAGAAGCUAUUUUGUUACCCUACCCUAGAAGUCACUCUCCCUAUUGGUUUUUCCAUGUAUCAGCCACUGAUUUCUCUGCCAUCUAUCAUGCCUGGUUGAGCUGCUUUUUCUGCCCUGAUUUUUAUAUCAGCAAUUUGGGUGAUUUUAGCAUGUAUAUGGGAUUAGGAAAUGUCCUUACCUUAAAUCUUCCACUCUUACUGAGCACAAGGAUUUGAUCUGUUUUGUUUUCAUGCAAAGGGAUCUGCUUGAACAAGUACUCUUGAAGAAGUGCUUGUCUGAGUGAGCUACAGUGUGCUUGAAAAGAGUGAUUUGCUUUAAGUGGGAGUAGCAGAAUUGCUUUCUUUGGGUGCUGACUUUGACCAAUUGAGGAUAAAUCCAUUUUUUCAGACCUGAAUUAUGUGCUUUGAUUGCUUGUUUCUCUACAUGAUAUUAGAAGUUAUUCCAUUCCUCCUCAACCUAAUCAAGUGGUCAGAUCUGCAAUGUUAGUGACUUAGGUAUGUUACCCUUUUUGUUAGGGUCUUAUGUAAAAUAUACUUAAAUUUCAGGUUGAACAUUGAAUGAGAAAUUAACUCAGUAUGAUAGUCUGCUUUUUACCUGAUGAUAUUUGUCAAAUUUAAAAUCAUGAAUAUUCAGUUUUAUACAAAUGCUUCUGUAUAUUUAUAUAUAUGUAAAGAUUUAUGUAUGUUAUUUCCUGAAGACUGAGAGAUACAGAUCUGCCUAGUUCAAUAUUAGUGAAGAAUAAAUAAAUGUACACAUUUCAACUGUUUCGUUUAUUUGCCCUAUGUUGAGCUGAGGCAUGAUUUGAGGUGAAGAAUCAAAGCAAGUGUGUCAAUAUAGCAGAUAUUUAGGACUGUCUACACACCAGGUACAAUACUAAGUAAGCCCUUAACAUGUAUUUUAGUUUCAAAACAACCCAUCAUCCUGAUAAGAAAACUAAGGUUUCACUGAUAAGCUGACUUGACCAAAUGCAUACAAUUAUUAAACGCCAGUCAGCACUUGAAUUCAGGUAGUCUCUGCUCAGGGGCUGCACUGUUAGCCACUUCAGGCCUCUGGAGCAAAAGCUGGUACGGGAUUUUCUGCAAGUGAAUUCUCCCUUAAAUAUCUGAAGUAAUAUCACAGAUAGAACCAAAAGGCUUUUCACACCUUACUGGCCAAAAGGAUUGAAUAUCUGAUUUUCUCUGCUCACAAUAAUUCUAAAUUCGAAUUCCUGAGUAUAUUAGCACAUCUCCAGACCUAACUACCCAUCUGCCCCAUCGCUGAAUUAUCAGCUUGUUCAAGACAAUGAAAGAGACCAAUGCUGCUGUUUUGGAGAUGUACACUCUUGGUUCAAAACAUAUUCAAGGAAAAACUUUUAAGAAAUGUUUUAAGAAAAUUUUGGUAUUGGUGGUAUGCUAGGGACACAAAAGUGAGAGAGGCAUUUUCACUUCCUUCGGGAAGCACCCAGUCUAGGAGAGUAAGGGUCAGAGGUGCAGGGAGUGCCACACGUGUCAGCCUGUGCUGUCUGCCAGUUAAUAAAGUAAAACUAUGAAUUUUCACGAUUUCUCUUUACCUUUUGUUUUGGUUAGUAAACCCCUACAUUUUUGUUUUUAACUUUUCAGUUUUGAACAAGAAGCGUUUGUCAGCCCCUAGUGUUUAUCCAGUGGUGAUGUAUGUGCCUUACCCUAAUCGGGAACCCAAGUGUAAGGGGAGUUCCAUUUCUGUAGCAACAACUAGAUGAUAGUCCAUCCUGCCCAAUUUUGAGCCCUGUCCCCUUUGUAGUCUGUGAAUAUUGGUAGAAUCUUCCUGUCAGAUUUUAAAUUACACAAAUUUAAGAAUGUAGUAUGCAUACAGCUUCUUCCUCAGUCUCCAGUCUCCACAGCAUCCAUUGUUUCAGACACUACUGGAUUCUCUUGAGGCCCCCAUGCUGUUCUGUAUGAGGAAGAGAGCGCAUGUCUUAGAAAAUCUGAGGCAGCCGAUUCCUCUUUAUCUAGAUGUGAUAAUGAAAAGUGCUCACAGGCUCUUUCUGUGGCCACCUCAUACUGCUUUAUUUGAGGGAACUACACCUGCCGAGAAGGAGUGCAUCAUUCCCCAUUUCGUUUUACCCUGGUCAUGUUGCACAUUGGGUGUUGUUUCUAAAUAAAUAGAGAAAGGCCAGUGUUGAUGGAACAGAAGGAGCUGAAUACAUCUUUGACUACCUGGGAAAGCAGUCUCCACACAAUACUGGCUGCCCGGUUUUCAAAUCUGUAGAUCCUGUACCCAAGCUACUUGCACACACAGGAAUGGGCCAAAAUCUUUCUCCUGCCUGUUCCCCAGCUGACUGUUCUUUUGUUUCUGAAGUCAAAGCAUGCAUUUGUCACUAAUUGUGACUCUCAAUCCAGCCAAUCUCUUCUAUACUCUGUGGAAGCUUUCAUUGGUAUCUGGGGAAAAUGCUACAUUCUUCUGAUUAUUUUCAGUAUUUUGAAUUUUGACCAUGCAUUUCAUCAAGUUUUGUUUUCAUCUAGAAUUUUUUUUUAAUGAAAGUGAUAUGUACUUGUAAGAAUUUGAAACAGCAUAAAGUAUAUAAGGUUGAACUAAUUCGUGCUUUAACUAGUACCCCAGAGGAAACCACUUUUAACAAUUUGGUGUAUAAUUUUCCAGACUGUUUUCCUGGAGAACAUGUAAGUAUGUGUAUAUAUACAUUUUUUUAAAUAGCAUUAUGCUAUGAAUAUAUUUUGCAACUUGCCUCUGUCACUUCAUAGAGUGGAUUUUGUUUUUUUAUGUCAGUACACAUAGAGAAACUUGUUUGUAAUCAUUCAGCAUAAGUCACUUUUUAGUGGGGAAUUCUCCUAUCAUUUCAUUUUCUAUUUUUGUAGUGGUUUGGGGUCUAAGUGUUCUUCUUAUGCCAAUUUUGGAAUUUUAUAUUUUUAUAGAACGUAUUCUGUUGUUGACUUUAUUACCUUAUAGUUAUUCAUAAUAUUAUUUUUAUUACCCAGUUUGUAUUUUAUCUGGUGUAUUUUCCCUUUAAAUAAAUCUGGAGCCCCUGG